CAUUUUUCGAUUAUGUUGUGAAUAUGAUUUUCAUUGGUAAAUGUUCAUAAAUUUCGCAUUUUUUACUAUUGCAACUAGUCCUUUAGUUAUCGAGAAAUGGCAUCGAAAGAUAAAAGCUUAAAGGACGCUCUGAAAGAAAUAUUCAAACGAAACAAAAGCGGCACAAGUAGUUUCGGCAAUCGAAGCGAAAUUGUACAUAUUAGCGAAGAGGUACUUCGAGAUUUGAACAAAGAAUCUCCCCUAAACACUAGAGUAAGGGUGCUGAAGGAACUUUGCGUGAAAGUCACCGAAGGUAAAUUGGAAAAUACCAUAGUAGAAAAAUUAUGGAAAGGAGUAGACGAUUUAUUCGGCCCCCAAUACCCCACGGAAGUGCGCCACUUGGCCUUCUACUUUCUGCAAUGUCUCCUGAGAGGCCAAUCGAACAUAAGCGAAAUAAUGAGAGCCAUCUUCUUCCAUUUCAUCACGAAUCACAAUCUACCCGAGGACACUGGACAGCGAUUCGAUUUGCUCAACAUACUCACCUCCAACGGACGGACGUUGUUGCAUUUCGAAGAAAAAGUCGGUAGAUUUCUGCUAAACUGGAUCCCGGAAAUUUCGCAAGCCGGCAAAAUCGAAGAGUAUCUGAGCAUGUUGGAUAAUUUAGUGAGAUACAACGCUGCUUAUUUAGACGAUGAAGUCAUCUCUGGUUUUAUUCAACAUAUAUGUGUGUUAUGUUGUGGUUUAAACACUAAAACCGUUAAAUCGUGUUUAGAAAUUAUGUCUUCUAUAGUAGCCUACAGUAACAUGCCUCCUGAAUCGUUACCCAAGUUUAUAGGCGCCCUAUGCCGAACUGUAGUUAUCGAAGAGUACUGCACUAUGAGUUGGACUGUGAUGAAAAAAUUGUUGGGUACCCAUAUGGGACACUCGUCUAUAUUCACCAUGUGCAGAAUUCUACAAGAGCCCGAUUUGAGGUCCGAUACUGAGCUUCUAAGGGGCGCUGUGUUUUACACUCACAUGGCUUUGUGGAGUUCCUCACCAUUGACUAACUUGCAUUGUCCACCGAGCUCGGUUUUACCUUCUUUUCUACAGGCAGUUAAAUGUAAUCAAGCAGCUGUUGCUUUCGAAGUUGUAGCCGGAUUGAAACAAUUAAUCCAGCGUCACGGGACGGAACUACAGGACCCCGCCUGGUCAAUAUUACUACAGAUUUUAUUCCACAUAAUAACUAACAUCGAUCUCUCGUCUUCGCUAGACGUGAACAAAUUGGUAGCUGCAUCCAUUCACGAUACUCUCAAUCUGAUCGAGCAUCUGAUGAAAACCGAUUGCUUCUACGGCUCCGUCAAGCAAUUCUACGAUAUCAUCGAGGAGUGCUCUUCAGUGAGGCCGGACAGCUCGAUAUUGGGCCUCAUAAACUACCAAGCUCGGAGUAUCGUUCCCAUCGAGCAUCUCUGGUUGACUAAUCUCAAUAACAUGCUGGCGAAGUACUUCAAACCAGAUGUUAGGAGCAGCGUGAGGCUGAGAGUUCUGGAGAUUUUGAAUCAUGUAAUUAAAUUGAAUAGGAGAUUAUAUGAAGAUGAACUAAUAGACAGGAUAGUUGUACCUCAUAUGGGGAGUAUCGUGCAAUGUACAGAUGUUACAGUGAGAUCUUCGGUAGCUUCAUUGUUAAUUGACUUGUGCCUUGAUUGUGAAUCUAAAAAAUGUCUUGAUCUGCUCGAUAUAUUAGAAAAGAUGUUACUUAGACCAUUCGAAUCUCACCCGCCCGACACUAUUCCUCGACCGGAACUCGAACACAGCGACUUAAAGUGCCUGGUCGAAGGCCUAAUAAAAGUGUUUAUCAUCAAAAUUCACAAACUACCAUCGAUGCACGCGGUAAAAAUUCACAAAAUGCUGGUAACUUUCUUGGAGCUGCACUAUAAGCAGCAGAAGAUCCUCGAAAGCGUACCAAUCGUCAGAAAAAUGAUUUUGGAGUGUUUGCUAAAGUUACGCGCGGACGCAAGAUACCAUUUAGGUUACCUGAGCGGGAACAAAAUCAGAUUCAGUCCCUAUUUGUGCGUGGUUUACAAAACCACAGAUCGAGGCAACUUGGGAUCUCCCGUGCCCCAAUCGCCCGCACCCGUACAAAGAUUACCGGUGACAGUAACCCAAUUAUCGCUCAAAAGAGCUUUCAACGUAUUCACAACGUGCCUAUCAAUGGAGAAAGAUUGGGAAGUAUUGCAUUUAGUGCUAGUUGAAUUGACUAAAGGUUUGCAAAACAAAUCUUUAAUACUCUCGAAACAUGGAAACAGCGACCUCGACGUUCUCGUAGACGUUCUUUGUUCAAUGGUCGUCGAUAAGACAUACAAUCUACCGGACUCUCUGAACAUAACGAUACCUCGAUCCGAUUUUUACGCCAUCGUUUUGUUGGUCAUCGUGAAUUUGGCGUCGUACCACAGCUACCUCGAUCAAAUCCACCAACAGAAGAUGAUUCGAUGCAUCAUAAAGUGCCCCAAUUCGUUGGGGCCCCGAAGCGCCAAGCACAGCAUAUCCGCGCUGACCAUAUGCGGCGUCGAAAUGAAGGAGGCCAUGGUGAAGAUGCUGCCCGAAGUGCUGCUCAGCCUGUCCAAAAUCUCCGCCACCAUACACAUCGCCGUACCGGUGCUGGAGUUUUUAUCGACGUUGAGUCAACUGCCUACGUUGUACGCGAAUUUCGUAGCCGAGCAGUACAUGUCCAUUUUCGCCAUAGCCCUGCCGUACACGAAUCCUUUCAAGUACGACCAUUACACGGUGUCGCUGGCGCACCACGUCAUCGCCGUGUGGUUCCUGAAAUGUCGCUUGACGUUUAGGAAGGAUUUCGUGCGAUUCAUCACGAAGGGCCUGCAGACGAACCUGUUGCCGUUCGAAGAGGGCGUGUUCCAUCAGAACCUGAGCGAUCUGAACCAGGACAGUUCGGACAGGAAGCGGAGCUCAAGUCUGACGGAGCAGGGCUCGCGCAAGCGAUCGGCCACCAUGUCGUCUGUGCGCGACAAAUCGAUGGGGCAAAAACCGGGCGAGAAGACGACGACAUUCUACCAAGAACUGACCGAGACUUGUAUCGAUUUGAUGGCGCGAUACGCUUAUUCGCCGUGCAGCGCGCUGCCUAGAAGGCUGCCUGUUGCCGAUUUCCUAAUGACCGGAGGCCAAAGUAUGUGCUGGUUCAUCGGUAACAAACUGAUAACCAUAACGACGAGCGGCUGCUCGAAGAGGAUACUCAAAAACGGAUUAUGCGAUAAGUGCCUGGCUAUUUGCAGUUGCCAGAACGAAGGCAGAAAGACGAAGUCGAGUAGAAGCGGUAGUAACGAAACGGAGGAUUUGGAUUGGAUAUCCAGGCAAAAUUCCAACGAGAAAUCCAACACGAACACCUCCGUUAGUUCGCCGACCGAGGACGGCAAGAAAUUGAGCGAUAAAUUGGAGAUCGUUUCGAAUAAAUUGCAACAAAUCGCCGUCAACGUCAAGCAGGAUAAGGAGAGUUGUAAUUGUUGGUGUACCGGUUGGGCGGAGAUUUACAUUAGAAGACCCACGGGUGACAUGUCGUGGGUGAUGAGAAUCCAGAACAACAUCAAUUUCACCGAGGAAAUAUUCGAAUUUCCCUUAAACGAACUCUCUACUCUCUUCAGACCUUCUUUGGAUCCCGAAGAAACCGGCGCAAACGAACGACCUCCAUUGAAAAGGCAAUACUCCGAAGAUAACCAAGAGGAAGACAAAGCGACCGGAUCAAACGCAAGUUUAACAGGUUCUCCUAAAAACUCGCCGUCCAGGCAAGAUUCCAAAGACAGCGUCGAAGGCGAAUCGGAUUACAUCUACGACGACGGCACGCGAUCGCGGAACCCCGUGCGCCGGUCGAACUCCAGCCCGGAGAUGUCGGCCAGCUGGAAGAACCCCUUCUGCCACCAGAAGAUCGCCUCCGAAGACAGCAAGAAGAACGCCGAAGACGACGGCGGCAAGAAGAACAAGGGCUACCAGAAGGACAUGCGGGUGAGCUGCGAAGCCAUACCGGAGGAAAUAGCCGGCUCCGGUACGACGCCGCCAUCGGGCGAUUCGCUCCCGGUGGCCGGGAAACCGGACCCGGCCAGCGCCGUGUUCAGCACCUCGCACCACCCGUCUCUCAUGAGCUGCCACAGCUAUCCCGGCUCGUCGCCGCCCAAGGAAAGCGGGAUCUCCGCGAAACCGUACCAAACGGUACCGCCCACGCCUAACAUACAGACCUCCAGCCAACAGCCGGAGUUCAUCAGGCGACCCACUAAUCUACCUAAUUUGACCAAUUUGGUACCGUUGAGCGCCAAACCGCCGCAGAGCCCCACGCAAACUUCGCCUAGGUUCUCCAGGCACGCUCACUCCACCGGCGCCAGUAGAGACAAAGGAGACAGCGCAGGUUGGGAGAUCCAGAAGAGCUCGUCGGCGUCGAUAAUCGAACGCAACGUAUCGGGCAACCUGAACUGGGCGCGCGAGCGCGCCAAAGAGCGAAAGAACAGCGGCAGCGUCGAGCGAUUGAGCACGCUCGACGCGAACCAGGCGCAGAUGCGCGACCGCGUCCACACCAUAUCGGUGUCCAGUCCGGCGACGAGGAUAUCGCGGUCGGACAGCGCGCCGGCGCCGCCGUCGAAGGGUAACAACAAGCAGCCGAAGGAGCCGCCGAAGAGCGGCGUCAAUCCGAGCUUCGUGUUCCUGCAGCUGUUCCACGCGAACAUAUUCAACACGAAGAUCGAGAAGCCGGUGUUGGUGAAGAUGACCGAUCCCAUACAGAGGGCGAUGAAGAUUUUGGAUCACAUACAUCCGUUCGAGACGCAUUCGAUCGGGGUGAUAUACGUGAAGGAGGGACAGGUGGAUUCGGAGGUGGAGAUUUUCAAGAAUCGAUUCGGUUCGUUGAGGUACAUCGAAUUUUUGCAGCAAAUCGGGACGCUCGUGAAGUUGACCGAUCUAGAUCCACAAAAAUUCUAUCUGGGAGGGCUCGAUCAUCACGGCAACGACGGGAAGUUCGCUUACCUUUGGCAAGACGAUAUCAUUCGGGUGAUGUUCCACGUAGCCACCAUGAUGCCUAAUCAAAAGAACGAUCCGAAUUGCAACGAUAAAAAGAGGCAUAUAGGUAACAAUUUCGUUACGAUCGUGUACAAUGAAAGCGGCGAAGAAUUCAAUAUAAGCACUAUUAAGGGUCAACUAACGUUCGCUAGCAUAGUUAUCCAGCCUUUAGACCUGGGUUUAAAUAGAGUGGUUACGAAAGUGAAAGACGACGUUGCUCAUUUGAUAACAUCCUGCGAGCCUAAACUGGUUUCGGAUCAGAACGUGGGCGUCUUAGCCAGGCAGAUGGCGCUGCAUGCGAACAUGGCAUCAUUGGUAAUAAAGUCGUUGAGGAAUCCUGCGAGCGAUCCUUACGCAUCGAACUGGCUGGAGCGGUUGCGGAAGAUCAAAAGUAUCAGGAACAAGGUGAUAAUGGAUCAGAAAAACGAGGCGAGCAUUUCGAGCAUUUAUCCCAAAGACGACGGAAAGAAGAACCUUAUGGAGGACUUUACCGACUACACGUAAACGUUAUUUUGUCCCGUGAUCGUUUAUUUGUUUCGACGAAGGUUUUAGGUUAAUUGAUUGAUUUUAUUGGAAUUGUUUGUCGAUUAAAAAGUAUAUUAGUUAUAAUUUUUAAGUAUAGUUACGCUAAUUAUCCGUUUUUUGUGAUAUCGACUCGGUUCAAACGAGUUUUUUUAAGACUUCACUACGUUUACAGCAUUGUAAAUCGAGAAAAAUAUAUAAAAAUUGACGGACUUAUUAUGAUUAUUUAAGUUGAUUUAAUUAGUAGUUUCGGCAUAUUAAAACGAAACUCAUAUUUUAAACGAUUAUUGUAUUGAAU